AUGAAGCUACUUCUGAUAGAAGAGGUAAAGCUUGUCCGCAAGCUCGACCUUGCCAUUCUAUCCUUCUGCUGCCUGACAUUUUUCGCCAAAGACCUCGACCGAAACAACAUCAACAACGCCUAUGUCUCAGGCAUGAAAGAGGACUUGAAUCUCUACGGCAACGAACUUAACUGGAUGGUCACCUGGUUCCAGGUUGGCUAUAUCGUCGGCCAAAUCCCUUCCCAGAUUCUCUUAACUAAGGUUUCUCCACGAUGGUACCUACCCGCCGCUGAGUUUCUUUGGAGUGUCUUCGUUCUUUUCAUUUACAAGUGCAAGACUGUCGAGCAGAUCUACGCUUUGAGAUUCUUUGUGGGCUUUAUCGAAGCAGCGAGCUGGCCGGGUCUUCACUUUAUGAUUGGCACUUGGUACACAAAUCACGAGAUAAAUAAGCGCAGUGGAAUCUUCACUGCCUCCGGUAUCGCCGCCACAAUGUUUUCUGGUUACAUUCAGGCCGGUAUUUACGAGACCAUGGACGGCCACCUAGGGCUUCAUUUCCUCAUCACCUUCCCUCUUGUCCUGCUGGGUUUACUUAUUGUACCCAACCCGCUGUACAAGAAGAAGACAUGGUGGAUGACGGAGAGAGAACGUCAAAUGUGCAUGAAGCGCCUUGAGGCAGAUGAUCGCAAGCCGCUCGGCAACUUCGGCAUGUCCUUGUUUAAGCGCGUCCUCGGGAGGUGGCACUUCUGGAUUUUGUGCACAUGGUUUUCCCUCAUGUACUUCGUCUACCAGGCUCCAACAACGUCGACCAUGGCACUCUGGCUCAAGGCGGAGAAAACGUACUCAGUGCCGCAGAUUAAUAACUUGCCUACCGUCUACUCAGCCAUCUCCAUCAUCUUCAUGCUCGUCUCCGGCACUUACAAUGACUGGCGUGCCUCGCAGAUUGACUCGGUUAUCGCCAUUUGUCUAACUCAGAUCAUCUCCGAGUCCAUUCUUGUGGCAUGGACUGUUCCCAAGCCCGCGAAGUUCUUUGCCUACUAUAUCGCCGGAACAAUCCAGUCCCUGUUUCCAAUCAUUGUCAGCUGGACACACAUGGUCUGCUCGGGUGACGCUGAGGAACGUGCCAUUGUCAUUGGAAGCCUGAACGCCAUUGGAUUAGGUCAAGGGACAUGGUGGAAUCAGGUCAAGGCGAAGAACGAAAAGGCAGAUAUGACUGAGCUCCAAGAGAAAGCGGCUGAUACUGGAAUUGUGAUGUAA